GGCGGACGGUGAUGGUAUGAACGUCGAUCCGGUGAUGAACAGCAACUGUUGGCGGACGGUGAUGGUAUGACCCGGCUUCUUGGUGUGACGUGGCGGCUAACUGGCAACUCAACUCGGACGGCGGCGCUCAGAAAAAUCACGGACAGGUCUACACACGGUACUACUCGCGGCGGCGGUGUACAAGGGAAUGCCGGGUCAGACUAUUUGCGAAUAUCCGUUCUUGACGAUACGUGUAUCGUCCGGCUUAUUCAGUCCUGGGGCAAGUUGCUGUUGGUUGAGUUGGAUCAGUAUCCGUUCUUGGCAAUAUUACUAUUGUCCGGCUUACUGAUCUUUCCUCGCAGCGGGGAAGACGAUGUUUUACGGCGGUCAGCGGCCUGUACUUAUGCUAGUCGAAGCUCGCUGGUCCCGUGCACAAUUUUAGUUAAUGUUUUAGGUGUUUUUGAAUUUCCCGUAUUGGUUGACGAUAUUUCGUAA